AAUAAACAGCACAUAGACAUUUCUUCUUCAUCUUCAUCUUCUUUUUUCUCCUGCAUCAUCUUCUUCUUGAUGAUGGACUGCUCAAUUUGCAGUGCAGUGCCCUUCAUUCUAAGGCCUCCGAGGAAUACAAUAUGUGCAGCUUGCUAUGAGAGUGCCAGAAGCAUAGUUGCAUUCAUCAACAAGCUUGAAAACGAUAAGGGAUUCGAUAAAUCCAAUAACUCCAUUGUCUCUCCUGCAAAUUCCUCCAAGGGAUUUUCAAAUGCUUUGAAAUGGGUGAAGGAAAUGAAAGAGAUAGAAGAGGAGCUUAACGAGAAAUUGAGCUUUCUUGGAGGAUUUGCUGCUGCUUUCAGAGACCAAAUUCACACUGAUAUUGAAGUCAAGCCAGGCCACAAUGGACCUUCUCUAUUUGCACAUAGAGCAUUAUUGGCAGCAAGGUCAGAGAUCUUCAAGAACAUGCUGGACUCAGAUGGAUGCAAAGCUGCACCAAGUAACACCAUAACACUCCCGGAAUUGAACCAUGAAGAGCUUGACUCUCUCCUUGAGUUCCUCUACAGUGGAAGCCUGCCUGCAGACAAGGUGGAGAAGCAUGUCUACUCAUUAUCACUGGCCGCAGACAAGUAUGAAAUCCCAUUCUUGCAGAAGUUCUGCGAGCAGCGAAUGCUAGGAUCCUUGAGCUCAUCCAGCGCUCUCGAUGUUCUAGAGAUAUCCGACGCAUGUUCUAGCCAGACAGUGAAGGAGACAGCCUUGAAUUACAUCGUUAAAAACAUGGAGGACAUAGUUUUUUCAACUAGGUAUGAAUCAUUUGCCCUCAAGAACCCACAUCUGUGUGUACAGAUCACAAGGGCAUCGUUCAUGGAUGCUAAAAACCGAAAAAAUGGGGUUUGAGGGCAGUGGAUGGAAUCAAGUAAAAAGCUUAUUAAAGACAGAUGAGGAAUCUUUUUAUGCAUAGAUUAAUAUGAAUUCUUACAAGAAACUUACACAAGAGAUUCAUAUAUGAAUUUUAUACUUAGAAUUUUUUAA